UUAUGUCAAAUUGUGAAUGUAAACUAGCUUAAGGAUUGUUUAUAUUGUUUUAAUUAUAGAACUGUGCGAGAAAACAGUGUUUUAAUUGUUAUGUAAAAUUAAAACAAAAUGAAUGCAGUAAUUUCACUUUGCCAUUUCUGCGAGACUCAUGGACCUUCUUCAAUUUUAUGCACACAAUCUUUAAAAGAGACAAAAGUUGAAGACAUAAAUUUUGAUUUAACUCAGUCGUCAAAUAAAUUGUGCCCUGCAUGUAACUCAAUAGAAUCUACUGUAAUGCUAAGUCGAGAUGAAAAUGCAGGAAUUUCUUAUUUAAGUACCCAAGGACCAAUAUUUCCAGAACUUUACGGUCUUAUAAAACAGGCUUCAGUUCGAAGCUUAAGCUGUGAGAUAAGUUCUAAGAAGGAUGGAGGGUUCGUUUUUUUUGGAGAUGCACUUAACGGACAUAUAUUAAGUCACACAUUUCAUGUCAGCGAUCUUCAAGCUAGGGGAUUUUAUCAACUCUUUUCAAUAGUUAUUAUUAUGAAGGACAAAUAUUACUUAUUAAACAUGAAACCAUUUCUAGCUAAGCAUAUAACUAAUAUUUCAUCUGAGAUUCAGACCCUAGCUAAAGGAGUUCGUAACGAGGAAAAAGCUAAAUCCUCGCCAAUUCAACGACGAAUAUCAAGUGGUGGUCAAAUAAUUUCAACUACACACAGAUCUUUAAUAGAUUUAACGGGGGAAAGUAACAUAUUUAAAAUAAUUCAUUCUCAUUUCACAUGGAUAUUAUUAGCUGGGUCAAAAUAUUUAACGGAACAUAUCGGGUUUGAAAAUUUCAGUAAGCUCAACUUGAAAACUCACACGUUAAAUAUUUGUAACUCAUUGUGGAAAAAAGCAUCUAAUAUUAGUAGUAUUUCUAUUGAUCAUCAAAAUGACAAUAAUUCUGAAAAAUAUAUAAGGCAGCUUAGUGAAUUAUUAGGAAGUAAUUUUAUUAAGGCUUCUUAUUGUGUUUUGAUUGGAAUAAAUAUUUUAGUUCGAGGAUCAUCAGACCAGACCAAGUUUAUAGUGGAAACUCUAAAAAGCCUAUUACCUCAAGUCAUGGGUAAAAAUAUUGUGUUUGAUACUAGUGUUUCAACUACUAGUCCGGAAAAUUAUAAGAUUUUUAGAAUUCAACCUGGAGAACGGCUUCCUGUGCUUUCUUCUUCAACAUUUUACAUAGAGUUUUCAGAAACUCAAAAUAACGCUGUUGUUGUUAAAUGGCUAGGGGAAAUACCCGUUAAAAUGCCAACUUUACUUGUUCAAAUAGUAAAAGCUGUUAAUGAGCCCUUGUUUACAGAUUUGGUUUUAAGUAAAAGAUUAAAAGUACUGAUAGAAGAGUGGAAAAACAAAGUAAUAUAUAUAUCCAAAAUAAAAUCUUCUACAGAUAUCGCAAAAUUUAAGAAGAUUUUGGGAAUACUUCCACAGGACCAAUUAUUGAUAAAUUACUGGAGCCAAUACCUAAGAUGAAAAUUCCUGGAUGGUAUCAAUUGCAUUUAUGAAUGCGAAGUUGUAAAUUAAAAUCAAAUAUUAUGAAUUUAGCCAUGUUAUCUAUUUAUAGAAACUCCAAUAAAAAUUAUGUAGGCAACUACCUACCAUUCAAAACAUAAAAUUUCACUUUAAAG